AUGGGAUUCCACAAGAUGCAACCUAGGCAUGUAUUUGGGACUUUGCCCCAAUUGGAUAACUCUGAACAUGAUCAUGUCAUGGAGCUGACAUCUCCUAUGCAAGGCAUGGAACAGGGACAUCAGGAAGGAGUAGGAAUUACCCCUUCUAAACAGGCUGACCAACCAGAUAUGGAACCAUUUCAACUUGCUACAGCUGGGAGCCUAGACCCUAGACAUGAGAAUCCAGGGAAUAACACACCCUUGGAGGACCCUGUCACCAGGGAAAAGGAAACCCCUUUGGUAGAUGAGGCAACCAGGAAUAAGACAGUGAAGGAUUUUAUUGAAGACUUCUUUGCCAAAUUCCCUGAGGAGACUCACCCACCAAAAACUGAGGCAAACAAGAAACAGAUUACUAAUGACCACCUUACAAGUACCAAAAAGGUCUAUGGAUUCUUACUGGAACUAAUAAUGGGAGUCAAAAGGUUGGAGAAACAUAUUGACAAGCAUCUGAAAAUGGAACAGGAAAUGCUGGAUCAUGGUAUUCCUCAGGAAGUAAUUGACCAACUGGAUAAAGUACUUCCCUUGUCUGCCCUCUGGGAGGCUGAGAAUAACAGUGAAUCCAAUUCUGACAAAUCAGGGUCUACUGAAAUCCAAUGUGAGGUGUGUGGGAGAACUAACCACUCUACUGAAGAACAUAGGAAAUCACAUGACCCUAGGGCAAAGGGCAAUAAAGGGUCUGAUAAGCAGAAAGAUAAGGGUCCUGGCAACCCAGGGUAUAAAGGAAGGCAUCCCAUGCCUGGGAAGUCAUCUCAAACCACCACUGGCACCACUACCUUCUUAUCCAUUCCCAUCACUAAGACAUCAUGCCUGCCAUCAGAACAGAGACCAGGAUCUCCAAGGCAACUGGAGAUGCCACCUCUUACCCCCUUGACAGAUCCAGUGAGCACAGGACCAAGUUCCCUUGGUCCUGGGACAACCUGGAUCAAUGGGCACCCCCAGAUCCAUCCAUGGGCUGGGACAUGGGGAAUGAUCAACCCCCUAUCACCAACAUCUAUGACUGGCAUAAGGUCAUCACAAGAUGUGACUCCUUCUAACAAUCCAAGGCUUAUGCCAAACUACUUGAUCCCUCAGCAACCCUUGAUUACAUACCAAUGGGUCAACAAUGGAAGUGCUACUGGAUUGGAAGAACCCUACACUGUCCAAUCAGGGGAUACCUCUGCUGGGUUGGCAUUCUUUGUGUGUAGAGGUAAUGUGGGUACCUCUGUGGAGGAUGUAGUGAGGGCCCCAGUGCUAAAGCACACAAGGAAGUUGGCAGAGUGGCAACUAGACAUUGAGGAAAUUGAUCCUGAAUGGUGGAUACCAAUCUCAACAGUAAGGGAAUGGCUGGCUGUGGAAAUUGAAAACUGGAAAAACAAACUGCCAUCAGGCUUAGGUGGCUAUGUGGACAACCUCACUCCUGAGGAUGUCUAUUACAUGAUCCUAGAAUGCAAAAUGAGCAUAGAGGAUCUACAUGACUGGCUCAAACAAUGGGCCAUGCAAGCAGCUCAGAAUGAUCUGAGCAGAAAUAUAUCCAACUUAGCAAUCCAUGAACUAAGUGAUGAAGGAGGACAUGAGUCUGACCUUGAAAGUAACAAGGCCAUGAACAAAUGGAAUCCCUUGGAUUAUGCUGAUGGAAUGUGA